AUGGCUGAAAAUGGGCUAAAAAUAUUGAUUAAUAAUGGAGAAAUCGAGCGCGGGUUUGGGGAAAACGGCAUCAGAAUCCCGAUCGACGGCGUGAAAGAGGAGCCUUUCGUGUAUGUCGACGAUUUCGAAGGCGGAGACGGUGGCGGGGAGUGGGCGGAGGAGCCCCCUCUUGCGCAGCCGGUGGAGGGACUGAGGGAGAUUGCGCCGCCGCCGUUUCUGAAGAAGACGUUCGAGAUGGUGGAUGACCCUCAGACGGACCGCGUGAUAUCGUGGAGCCGCAGAGGGUCGAGCUUCGUCGUGUGGGACCCGCACAAGUUCUCCGCCGACUUGCUGCCCAGGAACUUCAAGCACAACAAUUUCUCCAGCUUCGUUCGCCAGCUCAACACCUAUCGGUUCAAGAAAAUUGAUCCUGACCGAUGGGAAUUUGCGAACGAGGGCUUUCAGCAGGGGAAAAAGCACUUGCUGAAGCACAUCAAAAGGCGAAAGCAUAGUAGCCCUCAACUGGACCCGACGAGCCACCUCUCUAUCGAAACCGAGCUCGAGAAACUCAAGAAUGACCACGAUACACUAAAAACGGAACUCGUGAAACUAAGGCAGCAAGAAUUGAACACCCAGCACCAUCUAACUACAAUUGAAGAACGUCUAGUCUCGACCGAAACCAAACAGAAGCAAGUGGUCCUUUUUUUAAUGAAAUCCCUCAAGAACCCUCUGUUCUUCCAUCAUUUUGUGGACAAGAUGAAAAAGAAAAGGGCAAUAAGUGAUGGACGGUUGUUUAAAAAACGGAGGCUCGGUGAUGCCAGGAUGGCGAGUUUCGCGAGGAAUGUAAAUGUUAUUGCUGAUGAGAUUGUGGGUGAUGUUGUUGGGGUUGAUGAUGAGGUGUUUUGUGUCGAGGAUGAUUGGACUGCCGAAGAGUCGGGCAGCAUGUUACGGGAGAUGGAGUACGAGACGAGUAGUGGUGGUGUCAACCGUGAGAAUUUUGUGCUGUGGGAGAAAUUGAUGGACGAUGAUGUGAUUUACGAAGAGGGUGACGUCACUGACAUGGCUAUUAACCAACAGCCGGAACUUUUUUCUGAGCUGGAGAGUUUAAUCAAGAUGCCCCACUAA